AUCUCGGAUUCAGUUCUUGCGGAACCGUCGACGGGAUUGGAUUGUUCGGAAUUGAGUUCGGAAAACUGACGACCAAGGGCUCUGGUGCCUAUCCUACAACCCUCUGACACAGCACAGUUGGUUCGGUUUUCCGUUGCACACCCCUUCUUGCGCCGCGUGUUCCGGGAAACUGGGUGAAUCUGCUUAGUGCAAAGUUUCACGCUGCUGGGUGGAAUCUUCUUCACCUCGAGCAGUUGUGGGCUAGUGUGACAGAGUGCGGUUGUGUUUCGAGAGGAGGCAGAGAUUUUUGUGUUUGUCAACGCCACCCAGCACCACCCGCCUGGUAUGGGUGGGACAUAGGAUUUUAGGUAGCUGUUGCACUACCGUUGCGCCACAGUGCCCUCUGUGUGUUUUCCACAGCGGAACGGAAUGGUCGCUUUGUUCGGUUUGGUUGUUGGUAGCAGUAGUGGCGGCAGGAAUCAGUGUCCUUGUGCUAAAAUGCUCGCAUAUGGAAGUGUUUGCUGGCAGGGCAAGAGCAAUGAAUAGAGAGCUGGGAUCUCAAUUCGGGCGCAUUUUUGGCGGAUAUUAAAUGACCAACUUCCCCAGUGUGUCAGUCGGAUGUUGACCGAGAUCAGUUCGAGGCCGUGCGACUGCGGGUCAGGAUGGGAAGUGAUGCUUUUGGAAUUGAAUUUUAGAUAAGUGCGCGGGAGUUUUGCUGUCCGAUAACUUCGGCUGGAAGGUGAUUGACGUUGCAGAUGGAAUUCAGGAUAUAUCCGGCAGGAUAGAAAAGCUCAUGCGAUAAGCGGAAUAGAAUUGAUGGUUAAAUCGGAGUGACAUGUGAAAUGUGAUUCUACGUGAACAACGAUGAUUAUUCUGUAGCACCGUGGCAUGAAUCUAGAGCCGUGAUCUACUGGCAAAUUCCAUCGCUUAACUUCGGCACGACUUACGGUUUACAGUAUGUUAGCCUCAAACUGUGACUGAGCUGGGACGUGCAUUUUCGAACAUCAAGGCCCAAGAGCAAAAUUUUCACUUGCUAACACCAUAACGGCCCUCCGGACGUAUGAGGAUGCGGUGUACGGACGGGGAAAUUCAUAAAUACGUGACUUUACGAGCUGAUGCCAACGCGACGCGGUGUGAUCUCGUUGAUUGUCGACGUCGUCAGCGCCGACAGUCGUCCAGGCGGAUACUCAGAACGCCCCCCAGUUGAGAAGAGGACAAUCUUUGUCCCACCGGGCGAGUGCGAACGAAUGCAAAUUAAACGGGUGACGUACUAUAAAUCAACCGUUAAUACGAAUUCUGAACAAUUUGGAAUGCUAUUUUGGGGGAAAAUGCGAGGGACAGUGUGAGUGUAUAAUUGAGUAGGUGUGAAAGGAAGGCAGAAUCGCUUCGUUCGCUACGAGUGAAUAAAACUGUGAUACAGCUUUCGUGAAGCAAAACGAAAAGCGAACAGUCAAUGAAAUCCCACCGCUCAAGAGAACAUCGUCCUACCAGAAAUUCCUUUCAAUCUAAUUAACAACGUCCUCUUGAGUGCCGUCAAAGUUAUUGCUCCCAGCCGUGACAUAGAAAUUUCGUAUCAGUAAACAAGGCCACCCAAAAGUCUCCGCCAGAGCAAAGCAUUUAAGUCCUGUGAGACAAAAAUGUUCGGUCAGCCAAACUUAAACAAUCUGAACCAUCAGUGCAUGUACAGAAGCUAUCCAACACUACCCCAAAACUACUACCCACAACAAGCCCAACAACAACCCUACCUAUACCAAUCCAUGACCCUUCCAUGACAGUAUAGCCAAAGUCGUCAAACUCGUAAAAACAAUUGCUAUUAUUGCAAUAACAACAUUAAUCUCACCUGCACCUGUUUGUCGUCGAGUGCCUUAGGAUAUUUCUACUCGACAUCGCAAACCCUAAACUCGGCCCCAUCGACUCUGCCCAGACGUUCCCGUCGCACAAACCACCACUAUCUGCCAACAUACCCAUACCUACAGGCUCCCAUCCAGCCUCCAUUCCAAUUUCAACCCCAUCCCCAACCGAAACCGCCCCAGACCGCUACUAAAGCCACCUCAAUCAGUCCACCGGUUCGCCAAACACAGAACCAAGAAUCGCAGGUCAACGAAGAGAUGCUUGGGAUCAACACAUCCAACGAUCUGGACUCACCAGCCCUCUCCGCAUCGCCUCCGCCGGCACCCGCUCCCCGCCCACCCCCAUUCCGGAACGGUUGCCAGCGGUGUCGUUUCACGGCAUCGAUGGCUUCUGCAAAUUCGCUGAGCCGAUCCCACCAACAUCUCGCAGGAAGUGCCAGCAAUACGCUCACCAGAGGAAACACUCACAACAGUAGCCUGCGGGAAAGUAGCAGUGGAGGCGGUGCUGGUGUUGGUGGUAAUCACAUAGCCACAAGCACCGGGCAUUUGCAUACAGCCGGUGUAACGACAGGACACCAUGCGCAGAAUGGGACAUAUCCCGGUGGCUACGACCGAAGCCGGCUAAUGGAGGAGGAAGACUCGGCCUAUCCGGCGCUGCUGGAGCGAGAAUUGCAUUCCCUGCACCGGAAUGUACCAGCAUUGAGACGGGCCGGUGUUGACACCACUGCAAUUAGACAGCACUUCUACCCAGACGGCGGAUGGGGCUGGAUCGUUUGCGGAGUUGCAUUCCUGGCGCAUGUUCUCACCACGGGAUUUCAACUGUCCUACGGACUUCUGCUGCUGUACGCGAUACGCCACCUGGGUCACGAGGUGAAUACCGAAGCAGGAUGGCUAGGAGCAGCCAGUUGGGCGAUGUCACUUUUUGCAGCAACCAUUGUGGUGGCAUUAUGCCGUCGGAAGUCAACACGCUUGACGGCCGUUCUCGGUGGGCUGGUGUGUGCGCUGGGCAUACUGUUCACCUCGUUUGCCACCCAGAUGCACCAGGUGGCGUUCAGUUAUGGAGUGAUAGUGGGAGUUGGAGCCGCCAUGGUUCGUGAGUCGGCAGCCGUUAUGCUGGGCCAUUACUUCAAGCGGCGGAGACAAUUUGUCGAAAUGAUUACGAUGUCGGGCGAAGGUGUCGGCGUGGCGCUGUUUUCUGUGAUACUGAAAGAAGGAGUUGGGAAAAUGGGCUGGCGCCUGGGCCUGCAAGCCGUCACCGGGCUGGUAUCGUUUAGUUUCUUCAUGGGUUUGCUGUACCGGCCGGCAUCGCUCUAUCAUCCACAGCGACGGGCGAUUCUGCAUCUGAAAAACCAAAGGAAGAAGGUGAAAGAGAAGAAAACCCACGUUCGUACACCAAAGCCACCGUUCCUGGACUGGACCCCACUGAAGCUUGCCUCCGUCCGGAUGCUCUCGAUUUCGGCAGCUGUGGCCGCGUUCGGCAUCUACUCGCCCGUCUUUUUUCUGUCGCUGCACGGAUUCACCGAAGGAUACGACAUGCAGGACUUGGUUCUGCUGCAAACCUUCCUGGGGCUUUCGAUAGCGCUCGGCGUCGUGUUUAGUGGUUCAUCCAUCAACAAAACACUGGAGAUCUCCUUCAAGAAGAUUCGAAUAUCUCGUCAAUAUGUCUGUCAGGGCUGUGUUACGCUUAUUUCUCUAUCCUUACUAGUGCUCUCGGCUGUUGCCGACUACCGGGGCUUAUGCUUUUCGGCAUGGGCCUACGGUCUAGGGCUUGGUGGCUACCGAUACACCCUCAAAAUGCUGGCCAUCGAGCGGAUACGGGGAAAGUAUUUCUCCAAGGCAUGGGGAUUUAUCAAAAGUGCUGAAUCACUGCCGGUGCUGUUCGGAGUUCCGUUGUGUGCUUUCCUGAACGAUUCAUCGCACCGGUACGGCCGAGCCGGGUACUACGUCUGUGCAGCUAGUGCGGCCAUUUCGGCUAUCAUCUUGUUUUUCGUCGGCCAUCCGGACGGAAAGAAUAUGAAGUACUCGACCAAUGGCUCAAUCACGUCCCGUUGCACUGUUCCCACUUCAUCGAGUGACUGUCAGCAUAUGCUGAAUCGAAGCUUUUCAUCGCAGCGUUUCAACAAUCAAUGGUAUCCGAACACCCACAGUACGAAUCUGUCCAGCGGUUUCCAGCAAGCGUCGACAUACGGUGGCACUGGGGGCAGGCAACCGCAGCAACGUUGUCUCUCCAGCCAAUUCAUGAACGGUGGCCCAGGCAUGUCCCUCGGAAAUGGUACCAGUGCGCCGACAAAUGCGGCCAAUUACAACUAUCACAGCCCAUACUGCCAAAGUGCCGGCCAGUCACAUCACCACCACGGCCGCCUGCACAAGAGUCUUUCAUUUGCCUUCCAAACACCAAUCGUAGCCAAUGAGGACCGAGCUCAGCAGCACACGUUCCCGCAGCAGCCUUGCAGUCGGUAUGCUUCCGAUUACCCACCGCCGAGCCGAUGCUACUCCAGAUGCGAAGUACACAACCCAUCCCAGCGGGGAACACCGUCGCAUCAUCGUACCCCAUCGGUGACUGCAGUCCAUCAACCUGCAUCGACCGGAUACAGCAACGGACUGCAGAACAAUCCCUCUCGAAGUCGUAGUGUUCCGGAGGGGCUGGCCAACAGCCACCGGGGUGCGGGCGACUGUCACUGGAAUCACUGCCACUGGACCACCGCCAACGGGGUGAACUUUUGCCGCUCGACUCGGCCCAUCCAGGUGGUGGAACAGAUCACAACAUCCGUUUGACUAAAGUUUAAAAUAAUGCGUUUUUUCCUGUGCAUCUCGAUCCAUCUGCUGGAGGGAUUGUUUUCCUAAUUAGCUGCACCAGUAGGUAGGAGCAGCUCACCGUCUGAUUGUGCUCUAACUGUUGAAGGUGAACAGUAUCGACUGACACUAGUUUACACGCCGUGUGGAAAUGUACUUCAAAGUUUGAAAAUUCUGUGAACCGACGGGUAUUCUACAUACUUUUUUUUCUGUUCGGAAAGUUUCACCACUGUGAGAUUCUAUAGUUUAAGUUGUAAUUGGUAUCUAGUGGUGAACUACAGUUUUGUUUCGGAGAAUGUUUGCGCUAAAACAGCAACACUUUUUACGUCAUAAUAUAAGUUAAUAUAAUUUUCCAAAGAUAACUGCCACAUUAAUGAUACAUUCAUUUUAACUAGGCUUUUUCACAUAUGGUUACUGCUCCAUGUUCCUAUGUUCAUCACAUUAGAAACACAUCAAUGAAUAGGAAUUUGAUUAAUAUCUUAUUUUUGUGAUUUCUUUCAGCAGUUGAAAUUGGUGCUGCAUUUCUUUCUUUUGCAAUGAGAUGGAUGAUAUGAUGUUAGGUGAGAUAGAAAUGGAAACAGUUCCCUUAUUUGAAUGAAAUAUUGUCUUAGUGCUCUACGAUGGGAGAUAAAAAAAAUUGAAUAGAAAUAUCGGAGUUUUUUUAAUAUCCCGGUACUUUUAUGCAUGCCCACCUAAACGCAACAAUUCUUACAAAAGCGCAAAAUGAAAUUGUAUCGGCCUUAUUAUAAAAUUCCAUAUGCAGUCAGCGUCAAAAUUAAAAAUACAUCUAUUGGUAUUAAAUAUUAACUAAAUUUUAAAGGGGAAUAAAUUUACUAUGUGAUUUCUAUUAAUUAUUACUUUAUUUUGAAAUUUUGAUUAUCACAGUUUGACGAGUCUGUCAACUAAUUCAAGAGCUUAAAUUUCGAAAUGUGUUGUAUGUUGGACUUUUCACACUAUGCUUAUUCUAUCGACACAGUGGUACAUUACACUACAUUAUUUAUAUUAUUUACAGUCACUCAUUUCAAUAUUUAGCUUCUGCAAUGAGUUAUUAACAAAUGAUUACAACUUUUAAUUUUCGCUAAAUGAUCUGAACCAUCUUUGCGGGGCGCUGAAUUUGAUUCAGUUUAACACUAGCAUCGGUAUUGCUCUGUUCAACGGAUUCUGAAGACGACCACGUAAAAUAUAAAUUAUCACCAUUAAAAAGCACGUUCAUCGAUCCAUAAAUCACUAACCAGGCAUGGUCCUAUUAUUUGAUAAAGGCUGACUGAACCGGAAAAUUGCGCAAACAUUUUAAUUCCUACGUAAACCUAAUCGAAAUAGAUGUGAUCAGUACACUAAAAUAAUAAUCAAUUGCAGAUGCCAAAGUGCUCGCAAAUUUUCGACCGGAACGAACAUGGUCAUAAUUACCGGGCGCAAAUAAAAUCCAACUUUCAACGAGGCGCACGUAAGUUUCAUUGAACUGGUAUUUAAAGCAUUUAGUCUGACUCGAUCUAAACACGAAAAAGAGAAAAAUGCGAGGACAGGAAAAAGCGUCAUUCUAAAUAAAUCGUGUAUAUAAUACAUUUUUGAAAGUAAUAGCUCAAAUAAUCCGUCGAAUGGAUACCGCACUUUUUCAUCACCGUCGAACGAGAGCCAUGCGGGAACGGGAAUAUCCAAUCGGGCUCAAUCGUCAUGUGCACAGGAACAAAACGGAAAUAUGUCGUCAUUACUGGUAGGUAUUUAAACAAUUUCAAUCUCGAAUAAACUUCAAAGUGUGAACUCAAAAGCAGGUUUUGUAGCGUUCGUGUAGGUUAUUGUGAGUAUUGUUUUGUUAAGUUUUUUUUUAAAUCCUAGAACAUAGUAUACAGAAAACAUAAACAUUCUACAGAGAAAAAUUCUACGCCAAAGCGUGACUGUUUAUCACGACAAGAUAAUCGUUUUUUUAGACAUUAAGUGGUUGUGUUAAGGGAUGAAGUGGAUCAGAAGGGAAUCAAAUGCAGGAAUUGAAUUCGGUACAUAUGAAUUGCGUUUGGGAAACAAGCUGUGACUACAAUGAGGAAAUGCUAAGAAAGGAUGUUUUAUUGAAUAAAAAUUUUAAUUUGUUUUGAUCUA